AUGGCUUCCGCUGCUGCGAACGCGUCGUCACAGCCGGCCACGGUCUUUCCUCGCAGCCAUGUCGGUUUCGACAGCAUUACGUCUCAGAUUGAGCGGAAGCUCCUGAAGCGUGGCUUUCAGUUCAAUGUCAUGGUUGUUGGUCAAACUGGUCUGGGGAAGUCGACUCUGAUCAACACCAUCUUCGCCUCGCACCUGAUCGAUUCCAAGGGUCGUCUGACCCCUAAUGAACCAGUUCGUUCGACUACUGAGAUCCAGACCGUCUCGCACAUCAUUGAGGAGAAUGGUGUGCGUCUGAGGCUGAACAUUGUUGAUACCCCCGGUUAUGGUGACCAGGUGAACAACGACCGAUGCUGGGACCCGAUUGUGAAGUACAUUAAAGACCAGCAUUCGGCAUAUCUCCGAAAGGAGCUUACCGCACAGCGCGAGCGUUACAUCCAGGACACUCGGAUUCACUGCUGCUUGUUUUUCAUCCAGCCAUCCGGCCAUGCACUGAAACCAAUUGACAUCGUCGUGCUCAAGAAGCUGUCUGAUGUUGUCAAUGUCGUUCCCGUUAUUGCGAAGGCUGAUUCCCUGACUCUUGAGGAACGACAAGCCUUCAAAGAGAGAAUCAAGGAAGAAUUUGCCUUCCACAACCUGAAGAUGUAUCCCUACGAUAACGACGAGCUCGAUGAUGAGGAGCGCGCCAUGAAUGCUCAGAUCAAGGACAUCAUUCCCUUUGCAGUUGUUGGUAGCGAGAAGAACAUUGUCGUGAACGGAAAGCAGGUUCGGGGCCGUCAGAAUCGCUGGGGUGUGAUCAAUGUCGAGGAUGAGAACCACUGCGAAUUUGUUUACCUUCGAAACUUCCUCACCCGUACCCAUCUCCAGGAUCUUAUCGAAACCACCAGCCAGAUCCACUAUGAGACGUUCCGUGCCAAGCAGCUGCUGGCUCUGAAGGAGAGCAGCGCUACCGGAGGUCACAAUACCGGAAACCGGCCCAUCAGUCCAUCUGCCGACCGAGAACUCAGCCGUAACUCUCAGAGAGUGACCAUGAACGGCUACUGA